AUGACAGACCCGAAAGUCGAGUCUCUCUCUGAGCGCCUCGGCGAUAUUCUCGCGGAUGUCUCGCGCCACUCUGACUGGGCGGACGAUGAUGAGCCUACGCCCAACACGCAGGCCGAGAAGGGGUCCGAGACCAACCUGCUGGAGUCCAAGUACGACGUGCAGGUGACGCUGGCCGAUCAGCAGGCGGAUCCCAACUCACCACUGUACUCGGUCAAGUCGUUUGAUGACCUUGGUCUGCACGCCGACCUGCUCAAAGGCAUUUAUGCUAUGAAGUUUACAAAGCCCUCCAAAAUCCAGGAGCGUGCGCUCCCCCUGCUUCUGCAGAACCCCCCGCGCAAUAUGAUCGGCCAGUCGCAGUCCGGCACAGGCAAGACAGCGGCGUUUGUGCUGACGAUGCUCUCGCGCAUCGACUUUAGUAUUGAUAAGCCGCAGGCGAUUGCGCUGGCGCCGUCGCGUGAGCUUGCGCGUCAGAUCAUGGAUGUGGCGCAGGCCAUGGGCAAAUUCACGCCGGUGAAGACGGCGUACGCGAUUCCUGAUGCCCUGAAGCGUGGAGAGAAAGUGCAUGCACACCUUGUCGUCGGCACGCCAGGCAAGACGUUUGACCUGAUCAAAACACGCGCGCUCGACCCGUCGGCUGUGAAAGUGUUUGUGCUGGACGAGGCCGACAACAUGCUGGACCAGCAGGGUCUGGGCGAGCAGAGUAUUCGUGUAAAGAAUACCAUUCCGAAAACCUGUCAGCUUGUGCUGUUCUCUGCGACGUUCCCUGACCAUGUGCGUACGUUCGCGACGAAGUUUGCGCCGAACGCCAAUGAGAUCCGACUGAAGCAGGAAGAGCUGAGUGUCGAGAGUAUCAAGCAGUUUUACAUGGACUGCCAAUCGGAGGAGCACAAGUACGAUGUGCUUGUGGAGCUGUACAACCUGCUGACGAUCGGCCAGAGUAUUAUUUUCUGUGCGAAGCGCGAGACGGCGGAUCGCAUUGCGAAGCGCAUGACUGCCGAGGGUCACCGUGUCGACUCGCUGCAUGGCAAGCUGGAUACCGCGGACCGUGAUCGUACGAUUGACGAAUUCCGUUCGGGCAAGUGCAAGGUGCUGAUUGCGACCAAUGUGAUUGCGCGUGGUAUUGAUAUCCAGCAGGUGACGCUCGUGAUCAACUACGACAUGCCACUGACGCAGCGUGGUGAGCCCGACGCUGAGACAUACUUGCACCGCAUUGGCCGCACGGGUCGCUUUGGUCGGAAAGGUGUCUCGAUCAACUUUGUGCAUGACGAGGCGUCGCGGAAGCAGAUGGCCUCGAUUGAGUCGGCAUUGCACUGCAAGAUUGUGCCUGUGCAAACGGACGAUCUCGAGACCAUGGAAGCCACCAUCAAGGAUGCCCUCAAAGGAAGUUCGUAG